AUAUGGUUUUGGACAACAUGAUUGCUUCUGGCCAGUUGGAUGAAUCCAUAAGAGAGAAUGUGAGACAGGCUCUUCUGAAGAGGCACCAUCAUCAGAAUGAGAAAAAGUUCAGCAGUCGGAUUCCUCUGGUUCGGUCUUUUGCAGAUAUAGGCAAGAAACAUUCUGACCCUCACUUGCUUGAACGAAAUGGUGAGAGAAGCCUUUCAGCCUCCCGCCACUCUUUGCGAACAGGUCUCUCUGCCUCAAAUAUUUCCCUGAGAGGAGAAAACCGUUUGUCAGUUCUUCUCAAUUACCUUCUUCCUUCUGCGAGAGCUGGAACCCCGUCAGCCUCAAGGUGUACAACCCCUAUAACUACCCCUCAAAACACACCACCCUCCAGUCCUACCUGCAGCCACCUGCCAACCACAAGUGCCCAGCCAAGUCCACUGCAGGGCAAGGAAUUGCUGGUGUCACCUGCCAGUGAUGAUAUUCCUUCAGUAAUAAUCCACCCACCUGAGGAGGACUUAGAAGUUCAGGAAAGCCAUGAAAAGAAGACAAAGGAAAAUACUGACAAAACACCAGGGCUGUUAGCAUCUCCACAGUCAGCACCUGGAAAUUUAGACACUGGGAAAAGUGGAGACGUUAAAGGUACCGGGGCAGGAGGAAGCAGAGAAAAUAGCACAGUUGAUUUUAGUAAGGUUGAUAUGAACUUCAUGAGGAAAAUUCCUGCAGGAGCAGAAGCGUCAAAUGUGUUAGUGGGAGAAGUAGACUUUUUAGAAAGACCUAUUAUUGCUUUUGUGAGGCUCUCCCCAGCUGUACUUCUCUCAGGUCUCACAGAAGUUCCAGUUCCUACACGGUUUUUGUUUUUGUUGCUGGGACCAGCAGGAAAAGCUCCACAGUACCAUGAAAUUGGAAGAUCAAUAGCAACACUUAUGACAGAUGAUGUUUUCCAUGAUGUUGCCUAUAAAGCAAAAGACCGAAAUGAUUUGUUGUCAGGAAUUGAUGAAUUUUUAGACCAAGUGACUGUCCUGCCUCCAGGAGAAUGGGAUCCAUCUAUACGAAUUGAGCCACCAAAAAGUGUUCCUUCCCAGAAAAGGAAGGCACCUAAAUUUCCAAAUGGAUCUACUCCUACAGGAGAGACUCUCAAAGAAGAAGGCCAUCAUGCUGGACCUGAACUUGAGAGAACUGGAAGGCUUUUUGGUGGUUUGAUACUUGACAUCCAAAGGAAAGCACCUUUUUUCUUGAGUGACUUCAAGGAUGCAUUAAGCCUGCAGUGCCUGGCCUCGAUUCUUUUCCUAUACUGUGCCUGUAUGUCUCCUGUAAUCACUUUUGGAGGGCUCCUGGGAGAAGCUACACAAGGCAGAAUAGUGAGUACAAAGAAUGGUAGUGGCCAGGCUUUUAGACCUUCAGAG